AUGCAAUCUUGCCGGCUUUCAGCCGAGAGACAGCGGCCCGGAUCAUGGAAGUGUACGCAGCCUAACAACGAUGUUGCACCGCGGCUGGAGCCCUGGGAGAACCCUGUGUAUUUCCAGUGUGUGGGAAGUGAGUUGUGCGUGGAUCAGCAGCUGUUGGACGAGAGUGAGCAGGCGGUGGCGACUGGGCCGGUGCAGUCAACCAGCCAGAUCGGUGGUGAACCACGCUCGGAACCGAGGGAGCGAGGCUGCGCGGAGGCGACUUCCACGGAGAGCGAGAGCGAUGAAGGCGGCGGUGUGGAUUCCGGAAUUGAAGGCCCUGUGGUGGAGAGUGAGGGUAGCAGAGCACAGGUUAAUCUGGCAGUGACUUCAGGGUACAGUGAAGUUCCCCCCUCUCACCUGGCUGUGACUGUGUUGAGGGCCACUGGCCUCAGAGCUAAGGCCUUCCAAGGGGGCAGCAACCCUUACGCUAUCCUCCAGCUGGGGCAGAGGAGAAUCACCACCCCUGUCAUCCACGAUACCCUGACCCCCCCCCUGGAACUGUGGGUUGUCCUCAAUUCUGAGCCAAGGAAGAAGCCAAAGAAGCGUGGGCACGUGGAAGGCUGUACAGAGAUCCUAGCAGCCUUCCAUCCCACUGCCAACCUCUCACCCAGACCCACUCCCAACCCGGCACCCUUCUCUCCCACUUCACAAGCCUCUCCCAACCCUCCAACCUUCCCUCCCACUCCCAAUCCCUCACCAAGCCUCACUCCCAAUCCCACUUCCAACCCUCCUCCAUCUGCACGAAGAGCCACAUCAGCUGGGAGAGUGACACACACCUCACCGCCUUCUGUUCAGCCGGUGGUAAAGCAUUGGGAACCAAUCCAUCCAUCUUGUGGAGAGGAGAAUUCUGGAGUGCUGGACUCAAUUCCACCACCAUCUGCACCAGCAAGCCCUCAGGAGUCAGCAGACAGCCCAGACUGCGUCACUACUGCUGAUUUCAGCAAUACCAUCAGACUAGUAUCCUAUUCCCCUGCAUUCAUCGUCACCUGUGAGACUGGAGACCUGGAGGAUGGUCCUGCAUCCAUAAUCAUCUGUGAGACUGGAAACCUGGAGGAUGGUCCUGCAUCCAUAAUCAUCUGUGAGACUGGAAACCUGGAGGAUGGUCCUGCAUCCAUAAUCAUCGUGAGACUGGAAACCUGGAGGAUGGUCCUGCAUCCAUAAUCAUCUGUGAGACUGGAGACCUGGAGGAUGGCCAGGAGGCAGGGAGUGUCUGCUGGACCCAGGAGGAG